AAUUCAGGGCGUGGGUGGCAAUUCCGCAAUAAGCUUCAUUUUAAGGGCAACGAGCUCCAAAAAUUCGCUAGACGCCUCCCGGGAUCCGGAAGCGCCCCCCCCCCCCCCUCCGAUCACCGGCGCCGGCAACCCCGAGCUCCGACGCCGCCUCCCACCGAAGCCGAAGCCGAAAUGGAUACAACAAGCCCUGCAGCAUUCGUCAAUGGAGAAAUUCUGAAGAUGUUUGUGGGACGAAGAGUGCGCACGGUGGUCCAAGCCCAACGUGAAGAAGGUGGAUUGCUUAUUGGGCAGUCCACCGAUGGUCAUCAGCUAACCAUCAAAGGAGCCUCUGGUGCCCCUAUGUCACGCUAUCUGGAGAUUAUUGGGAUCGCUGAACCCAACCAGACCAUCCGUGCUGAAGUUUGCACAGAUUUUGGUGAAAACUUUGAUCCUGCACCAUUCAAUGGACUGUGCAAGCUUGCGAAUGGCCAGAUGAAGCAUUUGUUCCUGUAGAGGUCAGGAUCACAUACAAGACAUUUGUCCAACUAAGCAUGUUGGGCUUUCAUGAUCUCUCUAUCUUUAAGAUCCGAACUGUUUUGUCAGUCACCUCAGUAAUCUGUUACUUAUUGGGUGGCUUAGUAAGGCAUUAACCUAAGCUAUCUAGUAUUCUAGUGUCAUGAUCAUGAGGAAAAGCGUGUGCUUCUGUUGCUGAAGAGCUUAUUGUGUUUGCUCCUUCUAAGCAAAGCAAACCGGAGCUUUGGGUUGCAUUGUUACUGUCGCUUGCAUUUGGAUCCUUGAUAGCAGUAUUCCUUGUUAUGCUCUCCCAUGCAACUUGAUCAAGUGAGCAUGCUUUCUGAUGAAUUCCAACAUGGCAAUCUGAAGUUUUGAACUAACUGCAAGCUUAUUGUCCUGAUGGAACAUAUCACUUUGAUCCUAUGGUAGUUUUCUGCCAGAUCUGUGAUCGCUGUAGGGAAUUUGGCAGAGUCUGGGUUUAGGGUUGUUUUGACUUCUGAUGCAGUAGGAGUUCAUUGCAACCGUCUGUAACACCCACGCAUAUCAGAAUUGUCCGUUGCACAUUGUGAAUCCACGAUUCAUUCGGCUUUCCAUUUGUAAAGCGUUUUUGGUGACUGUU